GAACUACGAUAGUACACACCACACCACACCACUACAACCUGUCUAUAUUCUAGUGUGAUAACCACCAAAACUUUCUCUCACUGAGGAAAUGGCAUCUUCUCCUAAUUCUUUGGUCUUCACAGUGCGGAGGCGCCAACCGGAACUGGUGGCGCCGGCAAAGGCCACGCCACAUGAGUUUCGACAACUUUCUGAUAUCGAUGAUCAAGAAGGUCUUCGAUUUCAGAUCCCCGUGAUACAGUUUUAUAAGUACGAUCCCUCCAUGCAAGGAAGGGAUCCUGUGCAUGUCCUUAGAGAGGCAAUUGCACAAACCUUAGUGUUUUACUACCCUUUCGCCGGUAGGCUCAGGGAGGGACCUAACCGGAAGCUCACGGUGGAAUGCACGGCUGAGGGUGUCAUGUUCAUUGAGGCUGAUGCCGACGUUACCCUAGAGCAAUUUGGUGACGCCCUUCAGCCACCGUUCCCUUGCUUGGAGGAGCUUCUUUAUAAUGUUCGUGGUUCCGAUGGGGUUCUUAAUUGCCCACUCUUGCUAAUUCAGGUGACGCGGCUCCAGUGCGGUGGUUUCAUCGUCGCCCUCCGUCUUAACCACACCAUGAGCGACGCGGCGGGGCUCGUCCAAUUCAUGACGGCCUUGGGAGAGAUAGCGCGUGGCGCAGUUUCCCCGACCGUCCAGCCGGUGUGGCAGAGGGAGCUGCUCAAUGCGCGUUACCCACCGCGUGUGACGUGCACGCACCGCGAGUACGAAGAAGUGGAAGACACCAAGGGCACCAUAAUUCCACUUGAUGACAUGGUCCACCGGUCCUUUUUCUUCCGCCCCACCGAGGUGUCCGCCAUCCGAAGAUUUGUCCCGCAGUUCCUCAGCAAGUGCUCCACGUUCGAGGUCCUCACGGCCUGCCUCUGGCGCUGCCGUACCAUCGCGCUCCAGAAGGACCCAAAUGAGGAGGUGCGCGUGUUGUGCAUUGUGAACGCGCGGUCCAAGUUCAACCCUCCGUUGCCAGUGGGUUAUUACGGCAACGCUUUUGCGUUCCCGGUGGCGGUGACGACGGCAGGGAGGCUAUGCAACAACCCAUUGGGGUACGCGUUGGAGCUAGUGAGGAAGGCCAAGGCGGACGUGACGGAGGAAUACAUGAGAUCGUUGGCUGACCUCAUGGUUAUUAAGGGUAGGCCCCACUUCACGGUGGUGAAUUCUUACCUUAUGUCUGAUGUGACACGUGCUGGGUUCGGAGAAGUGGAUUUUGGGUGGGGGAAAGCGGCUUAUGGUGGGCCAGCGAAGGGCGGGGUCGGGGCAAUACCUGGAGUGGCUAGCUUUUACAUACCGUUUAGAGACAACAGAGGGGAAGAUGGGAUCGUGGUUCCGAUUUGUUUGCCGGCGGCGGCGAUGGAGAUAUUUGUGAAGGAACUAGAUACCAUGUUGAAUGCGGAUGAAGAACCGAUUAGGGUUCAAAGCUCUACCAGUUUUAUUACGUCUGCCCUGUAGUAUAUGAGUUUCUGCUCGACAAUAUGUAUGUCGUACUGCGUGCAUGUAUUUAUUUGCUUUUAUUUUCCCUAAUUAGUUUCUUUUCUACUGUAAUAUGGAUGUCUCCUUGAUACUACAGAUGCUUUGGUUACGAAAGCAAAAUUAGUUGGGGGUAGUUUUUUCGCAAAUUGACUUUUAUACCCUU